AUGAUGACGUGCCGUCUGCUGUGCGCCCUGUUGGUGCUCGCCCUGUGCUGCUGCCCGUCCGUGUGCGUGGCAACAAGUGAAGGUGAAGCUGGUGAACCUGGUUUAAAGGAUGACGAGAAAGGGCAACAAGGUCAGGUAACGGAUCAGCAGAGUGCAACUUCUCCUUCGCCACCGAGUGGAGAGGAGGAGGAAGAGAAAGAGGAACAGAAACCAAGUACGUCGACUCAUACGUCACAGGAAACGGCUAAAGCAACCGGAACGCCACAGUCAGAAAGUAGUUCCAAUAAUACAAAGGAUCAAGAUCAUGGUCAAUCCACUAAGGAACAGACGGAAAAUACGAACACUAACACUUCAAAUGAACAACAUAAGGAAUCAAAUGCACCAACCACGACCACCACAAAGGCACCGACCACUACGACCACCACGACCACCACUGCACCAGAGGCACCAAGUAAUACGGUCAUAAAUGCAGAGGCGCCAACUACAACAACCACCACCCGUGCACCGUCACUUCUUCGCGAAAUUGACGGCAGCCUCAGCAGCUCUGCGUGGGUGUGUGCCCCGCUGCUGCUCGCCGUAUCCGCGCUGGCGUGCACCACUCUGGGCUGA